UCGCACGUGUUGUCCCACAAUACCUCACAAUUUUCUCUCAUUUUCUGUCUAUCAUCGUCGUCACUCCGAACCUGCCGCACUUAACCAGAAACAGAAAAGAAAAAAAAAAAACACAAACCAAAACAAAAAAAAAACAAAAACCUCAUUUUUAACAAAACCACAAACAAAGUAACAAACCCAAAACUCAUCACAAAAAAACUGAAUUUUGAGAUUAACCCAUUUAAUCUCAAACCUUCAAUUCAUCAAAUCCAGCUUCAAUUUUCAAUUUCCAUUUGAUUCAUUUUCGUUGAAACAAUUAGGGUUCGGUCUCUGGUAUACCCACAACAAUGCCGGAGAUCGAACAACCACCGGAAGUAACAGCCCUUUUCGGAAAAUAUGAAUUGGGAAGAGUCGUUGGUUGCGGCGCGUUUGCGAAAGUUUACUACGCGCGUAACGUGAAAACAGGACAAAGCGUUGCUGUGAAAAUCAUCAACAAAAAGAAACUCUCCGGUACGGGUCUCGCCGGAAAUGUGAAACGAGAAAUCACAAUUAUGAGUCGUCUUCAUCAUCCUCACAUUGUUCGUCUCCACGAAGUUCUCGCCACAAAGACGAAAAUCUAUUUUAUUAUGGAUUUUGUUCGUGGUGGCGAGCUCUUCGCGAAGAUUUCAAAGGGUCGGUUUAGUGAAGAUCUUAGUCGGAGAUAUUUUCAUCAAUUAAUCUCAGCCGUUGGUUAUUGUCACUCGCGUGGCGUUUUUCAUCGUGAUCUUAAACCUGAGAAUUUGUUAUUAGAUGAAAAUGGGAAUUUAAAAGUUUCGGAUUUUGGGUUAAGUGCGGUUCGUGAUCAAAUCCGACCCGAUGGGUUGCUCCAUACACUUUGUGGGACACCUGCUUACGUGGCACCGGAGAUUCUCGCUAAGCGAGGAUAUGAUGGCGCGAAAGUCGAUGUUUGGUCAUGCGGCGUUGUUUUGUUUGUCCUUGCUGCUGGUUAUCUUCCAUUUAAUGAGCAAAAUUUAAUGGUUAUGUAUAGAAAAAUAUAUAAAGGUGAAUUCCGGUGUCCGCGUUGGAUGUCGACAGAUCUUCGACGGUUUUUGUCGAAGUUGCUCGAUACCAAUCCGGACACUCGGAUUACUGUUGAUGGUAUGACCCGGGAUCCGUGGUUUAGGAAAGGGUAUAAACAAAUAAAAUUCCAUGAGGAAGAUUAUGGAUCAGGGUACGAGUUAGGUGUCGGGUGUAAGGGUGAUGGGUCGGAGGUAUUGAAUUUGAAUGCAUUUGAUAUUAUAUCAUUUUCAUCGGGUUUAGAUUUAUCCGGGUUGUUCGGAGAAUUUGACGGGGUGGAGCGGUUUGUUCUACGGCAGUUGCCAGAGAAGAUUUUGGAAGUGGUAGAGGAGGUUGGAGCGGCAGAGGGAAUGGCAUUGAGGUGGAAGAAGGAAUGUGGGGUUGAGUUGGAAGGAUUGAGUGGUAAAUUUGGAAUUGAGAUUGAGGUUUACCGGUUAACGGUGGAGGUAGCGAUGGUUGAGGUUAGGAGGAGAGGAAAUGAUGCGGCGGCGUUUUGUAAAUUGUGGGAUAUUAAGCUUAAGCCUCAGUUACUACGGGGUGAGGCAACGACGUCGUAUCAGCAUGAAUUUGAUUCGCCGGUUUCUAGUGAUUGAAAUCAAAUAUGAUAUUUUUUUCUUUAAAAGAUUAGUGUCAAAUCCAAAAUUGUACAAAGGAUAAGAAAAUUUACUUCAGAAUGAAAAAUACAUCGAAGAUGUUGCUGCCAAAAAUGAAGAUUGGUAGGGUUAGGAAGAUGUUGCUGCCAAAAAAUGAAGAUUAGGAUCAAUCAAGGAUCUUUGUCUAACAUGCAUGGAUUGAACUGGAAAGCGAAGAUUCAAUGGUAGUGGUUAUAUCUUAAUGUAUUAUUUGAUGAAUGUUUUUUGUUUUGUAUAUAAUUCAAUAUUAAAUAUUUAA